AUGGACGCCAUCAUAGAGCCGCGACCUUGGUAUCAGCAAGUCGUCACAUUGUGGAACUUCGUGUACGGUACCCUCCAGCCCACGGUCAACGACCACGCAGCAAGGAUCCAGGCCCUAGGGGCGGCGGUAGCCAGCAACCGACGCGCAGAUCGUGGUCCGUACCAGCAGCGCCGAUGUCCUGGCUAUGACCCGAAUGCAUCAAUCACGUACAAAUACGGCACGAAAUGGGAAAUGCAUUAUUUCUACACCCACCAAGUUGAGGGCGAUGAUUUCAUCGGAUACCGCUGCUGUAACGACUACCAUCGCGACAAGAAGGCAUUCAUGAAGCACGUGUGGGAUGUUCACGCGACAAGGCUUGCCUCAAAUCGAAGCUUGCUGUAUACUGUCACGGAAUCGAUCGCAGUGUGGGGCGUUGAGAUAGCGGGGUGCUGGUAA